AUGCAUUCUAGGUUGGUUCCUCUUCGGCCAUUACGCUGCCAAGCUAACCGGAGGCAUGCCAGUACAAAGUUGAAGACGUACCGACUCGCUCCUGCCUCUAGCAGCACUGAACAUGCCUCGGUCAGUGGCCAGCAAGGUGCAUCCGGGAAUGCGGAAAAGCAAGCAAGCCCGGAGUCGGGAGGCAAAAAUACCCGACACAACCUGUUCGGUAUCCAAAUGCUCCCCGACGAGCUCCGCAAGCCUAUAUUCGGCGAGCGAUCGUCGGGGACAACCUCGCCGGAUCCCGUCGCAGCGCUGCACGCUCGCAAGGAGCUCAUAGAGAAGUACAAUCUGUCGCUGAAAUCCGAGACGCAGGAGUGCCCGGAGUUUGAGAUGCCUCAGCUGCUGGGAAGCGACGUGGCGGAGCACUUCAGGGAGAUUGGCCGACGGCAGUGUCAGCCCUAUCUCCAGUAUGCGGAUGCGUUGAUGGGAGUUGAAUCGCUGCCAGGUAUGCCGACGAAGUGGCAGUUCACGCCCGGCUGGUGCCGGUACUCCGCGCAGUGUCCGCAGGGCAAGCCCGUGCCGUUCCCGGACGAGAAAGUGCUCGUGUUCGACGUGGAAGUCUGGAUGGAGGCCCCGACGCUGCCCAUCCUUGCCGUGGCUGCCUCGCCGACUGCCUGGCUAACGGUUCAUUCUCCCCUGUGUUUGGGUUCCGCUGCUGCUCAGACGUUCAACUACGCUCGCAUUUACGGCGCAGGCAAGAAGCAUGCCACCUCGCUUUUGCUGCAGUUCAAUCACCGCCUCUCCGUUGCGGAGGCCGAGUCUCGCGCCGAGAUACUCUACAACGCUACCAAGGGAAAGAAAAGAGUUAAACUGAGUAAUCGCGGUCGAAAGCUGGCAGAGAGCGCUGCGCUGCCGGUGGAGCAAGAUGGCUACUUGUCCGUCAAGCAUGCCUCCGCCUUGAUCCACUACAGCAGCGAGAGCCAUGAGGGGAAACACUCGGACGAGGAGGACGACGACAGCGAAGAUGAUGACGACAACUCCCGUUUUCAGAAUCCACAAUUGUUCGCAGGCGCCUCGUACAGCGGCGGCUCCGAGUCGCAUCUCUUCAAUCGCCUCGAGGAAAUGAUCAAGAUGCGUCGUCCAGCCACACCAGCUCUGGGCGUGACUGCUCCCAAGCCAAUCCUGCGGGACAACAUCCAGAAACAGUUCGUUCCGAGUCGUAUCAACUGGAUUGUGCAGAGCUCUGGGGUGGACUUCUUGCAUGCAUUACUUGUCAACAUGCGUUGGCUAAUGGACGAGUUCAAGAUAGACGGUCGACUUUCAAUCAGCAUCCACGACGAGGUGCGGUUUCUAGUGGCAAAGGAAGACCGUUAUCGAGCUGCGCUGGCACUGCACAUCAGCAACCUGCUUGUUCGCUCACUGUUCUCCUACCAGCUGAACAUGAACGAUCUCCCACAGUCGGUGGCCUUCUUCAGCCAGGUUGACAUUGACUCGUGCAUGCGCAAAGAAGUCGACCUGGACUGUGUCACGCCCUCCAAUCCGUUUGGUCUUCGUCGAGGCCAUGCUGUUGACUAUGGUGAAGGUGUUGAUAUGGCGGCCACGGUGAAGAAAACCGGAGGCUCUCUGCGCAAGCCGUCCGCCACCUAAUCGCAUCGCCGUUGCUGCUAUUGGUGGUACUGCUUCUCAGUUUUUAUGGGAUACUGCCGUUGCUACUGGUGGUACUGCUGCUAUUGCUACUGGUACUGCUGUCAUUGAAAUGGGUGAUGCUGCUGUCAUUGCAAUGGGUGAUGCUGCUGGCAUGGCUACUGGUGCUGCUGUCAUUGCUACUGGUACUGCUGGCAUUGCUACUGGUACUGCUGCCAUUGCAAUGGGUGAUACUGCUGCCAUUGCAAUGGGUGAUACUGCUGCCAUUGCAAUGGGUGGUACUGCUGUCGUGGCCACCGAUACUGCUGCCACAGCUGCUGUUCCAGUCUCUGUCUGGUGUGUUCCGCUGCGGAACUAACCAUGCUGUUUGCCCGUUCA